AUGCUUCGUAAAUUUAUUGGCGACCCUUCCAGAGUAUUUCCUGUAGAGGACAUUCAGGUGACUGAGGAGCUGGCCUACGAGGAGCAGUCGGUGGCUAUUCUGGACUGCCAGGUGAGGAGACUAUGCACCAAGGAUGUGCCUUCAGUUAAGAUAUACUGUUUUGAUGCCUAUGUUGACAAGCAAGCCAUGAGCACCGGAGUUCCAAACGAGUUAGGAGCUGGAAAUACUGACAGAGCUAAACAUGUUGUGUCUGUUACUCUCGUGCAAUCUAUUGAUGUAGGUCUUGAUAUUUGGUUCUCUAUUUUAUUAUCAUAUUUCCUGGGUGGCUUCUUCAGUGAUAGCACGGAGAUAAUUAACAAAUUUGCCUCCAUGACACCUCUUCUGUUAAUAGCCAUUAUAUUCAAUAUCUCUCAAGGAAUUUUAUCAGGGGUAGCUAGAGGAUGGGGGUGGCAGCGUUGUGCUAUGUGCAUCAACUUGGGAACAUUCUAUUUCAUCGGCAUGCCAAUAGCAUGCCUCACUGCUUUCAAGUUCAACCUACAUACUCAGGGUUUAUGGAUUGGCUUGAUAUGUGCUCUAGGUUGCCAAGCGUCUGGCUUAUUGCUACUGACAUUGUUGACCAGAUGGAAAAAAGUAGAGGGCUCAAAAAAUAGCAAUAGAGAAACUGAACUUCUAGCUUAA